AUGGCCAAGCUGGAAAACAACCCGGACCAGCUGCCGAUAGCAAAGAGACUGACGAUUGCCAAGUACGAUGCAGAGGAUUGCAAGGAUGCAAUUCACGGAUCUCGAAUUCCAAAGACUAUGGGCGAGCAGGUUCAUCGACUGUGCACUAUUCGCGGCAUACGACAUCAUUAUGGCUUUGCCCAGGAGCUCCGUGGAGUCACUCCAGAGUUCACGCGCGCCCUGAAUGCCCGGGAUAUCAUGAGCGGUAUCAUACCAACCAUCUCGCGGCCCGAAGAGACACCUUAUUGUAUCUGGUAUCCCGAAGUCCCGAAAGAGGAUACUCUCCGAGAUCUGGUCCAACGAUACCCGGAUAUGCUCUAUCAUGCCGCUCGUUCCUGUGCCGUCGCAGGAUAUUUUGAUCUGUAUCAAGAGCUUGAUCCUCUUCCGGAGGUCCAUGUCGCAGAGGAGGCUGGCUACGCAAGCAUGCAGAAAAGCAGCAACGGCAGUCAACAAAUUUAUGAGCACAUUCUCUCCCAGUCUGUGAAGUUCGAGAUCAUGAACGACUAUACACGUAUGGUCAAUAUUGCCGGGCGUCGAGUUGCAUCUCUGAAUGGGGAUACAGCUGCUUACUUGAGCCUUACUGCCAGGUCGAAGUACUAUGGUCCUCGGGAGUUUAAAAUCGACGCCAAGCCAUGGCACAGAUUUUGCACGGAUCCCUAUUACUCCAAUAUCACCGAAGACUGGGGAAUAGAUGACCAUGACUGCGAGGCUCCUAACGCACCAGAGGAUUAUCUUCCACUGGUGUUUAGCCCACUCCCUGCAGAUCUCCCGUUCAUCAACAAGGACAAACUCAUUUAUGUUGCCGCAUACAAUGGCGAUAUCGAUCGCUACGCACGACUUCGAAGACCGCAGAUGCUUAAACAUGAAUGGGCUAUGGUAAUACAUGGUAUUUACCACAAUGCAAUUUUUGCCAAAUGGUGGACUACACAAAUCGCUGAGCACCCGGAAGAUAGACGUGAGAUCAAGAUCCGGUGCGCGAUCAAUGCCCGGCGCAUCAUGUCCGACGACCUGUCUUGGCUCACAGCGGAUACUCCUGGGAAACUACUACCAGAUCUUAUCUGGUAUCCAGCUGUCGCUCACUGUGUGACCUAUGAGAAGCUAGCCCACAUGAGACCCGCUAUGUUUGAAACGUGUCUACGGGCCUGCAUAGUCGCAAACGACCCAUGGACGUGGGAUGAUUUGCUACGCGCCGCGCCUGACAUCUUCAAGUUCACCCGCGACUCCAGCGAGCCCGAAGAUCCCAAGCUGUGGUGGCUGUCCAAACAUGCUCGCUACGGGCUGUGGGGGGAAGCAGCUGCCUCAUCAAACAAAAUUUUCCAAAAAGACAUCUUAGCAGCUGUGCCUGACGGCGCUCAAAAGUUCAAAACCCCGCACACCAACAGCGACUGGUGGGGGGACUACUACGUUGCGAGGGAUCUUUACUUCCCAAAUCGGUCCCGGCUUGUCCGGCUCUAUGACCCGGUUCAACCAGGAUCCACCACUGAAGGUCCAUACGAUGGAAUGGGUUGCGGAAUUGGUGAUGUCGAUCUUGCUUUGUUUCUCGGCGGUGCCAUCUCGAGAGAGACUUGGAAGAAAGAAAUGGAAGAUGAAGGAUCAUUGCAGGCCAGUAUUGAGGAAAUUUGGGACUUACUAGAGCUGAAUCAAGCUCCUAGCCAUUCUUCUAGAAUUUAA